CCCACCCAAAGCAAACCGCCAAAGCCCUCUCCCAGAUUCAAAACACCACAAAAAGGCAAUAAAUUUGCCCUCUUCUGUUACCAAACGAUAAAUACACUGUUGUACGCAGCUACGCACACCUCUCCUCCAACUCUACGGUUCGUCUUCUCUCUAGAUCCGUUCGCUCUGUGUUGUCUAAUUUUCGAGCUAAAAGAAGGGAAGAAUGGCUGGCAAGGGUGGAAAGGGGCUUGUUGCAGGGAAGACAACUGCAGCUGCAGCAGCUAACAAGGACAAGGACAAGAAACGACCUAUUUCUCGUUCAGCCCGUGCUGGCCUCCAGUUUCCCGUGGGAAGAAUUCACCGCCACCUCAAGACAAGAACCAAUGCCCAUGGAAGAGUUGGAGCCACAGCAGCGGUUUACUCGGCAGCAAUUCUUGAAUACCUGACAGCUGAGGUGCUCGAGUUGGCUGGGAAUGCCAGCAAGGAUUUGAAAGUGAAGAGGAUAACACCAAGGCACUUGCAGCUGGCGAUUCGUGGGGAUGAGGAGCUGGAUACCCUCAUCAAAGGUACCAUAGCUGGUGGAGGUGUUAUCCCUCACAUCCACAAAUCCCUCAUCAACAAAACCACCAAGGAAUGAGUUCCUUGCUUGCCUGAAAAAUCUCUGUUUUCUAUUUAUAUUUCUUGAAUUGCCUAAUUUAGACUUGUAAUCUAGGCAUUAGAACUUGUGUCAUAGUUAAGCCCGGCAAGUUUGACUCUUUGUUUGUGUUUUCGUCAUGGAUUUAGUUGUUUUUCCCCUGACAUUGGGUUUCAUGACAUAUAUUUGCUUAAUCUGGUACCGGAUUCUCUAAUUGCCUCUUGUAUUAUUAUGGCUUAUGUGUGUGUUUA